CAAGACAUAACUGCGUUACCUUACGUCGGUGAACGUCAGUUCUCUUUCAGUUUCAGUAACAUUGUCGAUAGCGACGUGUGUGCCAUACUUUUAAACAGUUCAGAAGCAUAACAGAUUAAUCGAAUAGGUUUCGUGGGUAUUUCAUACAAAUAAAUCAAUAUUUCUACUAUACUGAUCUUCGAACGAAAUUUUUAAACGAAGCUGUUUACAUAAAAUUGUGAAAAGUUUCCAAGUGCACAGAUAUUAGAGACUCUUGAAACUGCAGUAUAAACACUUUAGUCACAAUGAACAAAAUGAUCGCGUUCCUUUUGAUGGCGGUGCUGGCUAGUGCGUCGGCUGAAGUAAGUACAAAGGAAUUAGUGGCUGUCGUACGCUUGACGCCACAUAACUCUACAGGGGGCCCCAAUGUCAAUGGUGCGAUUACGUUCACCCAGAGUGCAACAAAUGGACCGGUGACUGUCACUGGUACCAUUUCCGGUCUCAAGGAAGGUCUUCAUGGUUUCCACGUUCAUGAGAAGGGAGACCUUAGCAGUGGCUGCACUUCCGCUGGAGGUCAUUUCAAUCCCAAUGGCCAAAAUCAUGGCGCUCCGGGAGACGCUGUCAGACACGUCGGUGAUCUUGGAAAUAUUCAAGCCAACAGCGAGGGAAUUGCUACAGUAAACAUCACCGACACUGUCAUCUCUUUGAGCGGCGCAAACAACAUCCUGGGCCGUGCUGUCGUUGUUCACGAGGACGCGGAUGAUCUUGGCAAAGGCAAUCAUUCGCUAUCAUUGACAACAGGAAACGCUGGAGCCCGUUUAGCUUGUGGAGUCAUUGGCGUCAGCUCACCAAAUAGCAACUGGUCAGGCGCUGGUAUAGCAAUUGUUUCAUCAUACGUGGUCAGCAUCCUCCUACCAGCUGCUGCACUUGUUUUAAGCUUCUUGGAUUACUAGAACAUACCUUGAGAUAUGGGAUGUUAUACGGAUUUUAAAUACAAGACUAAAGGACAUUGGCUAUGAUGUUAGCUAACCGCAAUUUACAUAUAUACAUUCCACGUUAACUGGACAGACAUAUUUAUUCUUUUUUUUUUCAAAUAAAUAUUAUUAUUAUUUUAUUGGCAAAAGUGCUCGAGAUGUAUAUCUGUAGAUUUUUACUGUUUUAUUUAACUCCGGAGUAAGCGUAUGGGGGUAUAGGGGUAUCAGAUACUCCAACUCAAUGCUUUUCAAAUAGAUAACACAAUCAUACGACUAUUACUGGGUUAAUAAAUAUAAACACUUUUGUUGAAACAAAGUGAAUCGAUAAGUAUCAGGUUAUUUACAUUUAUUCUUGUUUAUUUGGUAAUGAGAAAUGUGUAAGAACCAUUUCUCUGUAAUCAGUUGUUAUACUUUAUAAUUUCUUUGGUAAGUCGAAUGUGUUAUAUUUAUUUUGGUGAUACGAUGUACACUCAGUAACCUUUUCGCUGCCUACUAAAAUAAUGAAAAGCGGUAAAUCUGCGCGUACCUAGUAUGUACUAAACAGCGAAAGAGUUAGGUAUGAGUACGUAAAUUAAAAUUUCGUUGUACACUGCAUUUAUUAUGCUGUAGAGACUUAAGAGUUCAUUAUUUGUUAAGGGGUAGUACUUUGUAACCUGAAAGUGAAAUAUAAUUUUGAAAAUCUAAUAAUAAACUAUUAUGCAAAAACAGUGCAGGCAGACUUUUGCAAGCUGCAUUGUUAUUCGCAUGAUACUUUCAUCUGAAAUAAUUGCGAAAUAAAAGAAUAAAACGCAUAUAGCUUUUUAUGCUACUGACGUUCGUGCAAAAAUUUUA